AUGAUAUUUUUUAAUGAAGAAUCACGGAAACAAUUUGAUGAAUUAGCUGUAUAUUAUGGGUUAGAUUUAACUUCAGAAAAUUUCUACGACAAAAUAGAAAAUGCAAAAAAUUUAAGUGAGUUUUAUGAUAGAUGUAAAUCCUUAAGUAACACAAAAUAUGGAAUGGGUGUUAGAAACACCUGUUUAAAGCUUUUAAAAUAUUUAAAAUCUAAUGCAGAAUAUUUAGAUAAGAGUGACACCUAUGAUAUAUGCGAACUUUUAAAUUAUUGGUUAGCCACUAAAUUAAGUAUAUUUGUGGGUUAUAAGGGUGAUUCAUAUGUGAAAGAUGCUUUUGCAGAUAUUGCAUACAUAUGGAAUGAUUUUACUUUAAAUGAAUUAAAGAAAGCUUAUCAAGAAGCAUGUAAUCCUCUCAUAAGUAUUCUUGGUCUUCGUGACUGGAGAGAGAGGAAGGAUGUAUAUGAAUAUUAUGUUAAUUAUAAGUACCUUAAAGGUAUGUCUAAAAUAAAAAAAAGUCAUAGGGGAUUCUGUUCAUACAUUAGAAACAAAGCUUCACCAUAUAAUUAUUUUGAUCGUAGAUGUAAAUCAGAUGAGACGCAUUUCUGUACAGAAUUUCAAACUAAAUAUAAAGAAUGUGAUCCAAAUAAACUUUUAAUUGAAUUUGAAUGUGAGCUGGAAAUGGAGAAAAAAAGGUUAUUAGAAGAACAUCAAAGAAUAGAAUUGCACAAAAUUGCACCAACAGAGGAAACCAUAUCUAAACACGAAACGCCACAUUCUGGAUUGUCUUUAGAAGGAACACAAACAGUUAACGUUUUACAAUCAACUUAUAAUAGCUUUAUUCCUUUGAAAAAGGGAGUUGGUAUACUUCUGGGGAUCUCAGCUAUAUGUAUGAUUUAUGGAUUUUUACAUAAAGUAAAUAGGAGGCCCAUUAAUUUAUAUAAACUAUAUAUAUUUUUUACACCCAUAGGAAGUUGGAUCCGUAAUAGGUUUUCUAAUAAAAAGUAUACUAGAAGUAAUAUAAAUUAUGAGUUUAAUAGUGUAUAUAAUUAUGCACAAAAUUUACGUAAUCCAUAUUAUAACAUUAGAGAUGUACAUAAUAUAGGAUAUCACACGGGAUAA